GUAAGAUAAUUUUAAAAAAAUAAUUGACUAUUCUGACUUCAGAUUAAUCAGAUUUCCAUAUUAUGCAGUAGAAAACAAAAAAUGUAGGUAACUAUUCCCAUAUAAACAAGUAUCUAUCAGUUGUAAAAGAAAUUGUGCAUCACCAUGUCGACGUGUCGUCAAGCCUUGCUUCUAUCUUCGUCCAAUUGUCACGGAUACACUUUACUUGAAUUUGCUAAACAGGAGAUAUGUAAUUUUCUGAAAAAAAACAAUGUGUCUGAACUCAUUUUUGUACCAUAUGCCCAAAAUGAUUUUAAUGGCUAUACAGCAAAAAUAAAAGAAGUAAUAGACCCUUGGUUUACGGUAACUGGCCUGCAUACAUAUCCUGAUGCUGCAAAUGCUGUUAACUCUGCCAAAGCAAUUUUCGUGGGAGGAGGAAACACUUUUUUGCUUUUGAGUAGACUGUACGAAAAGGGGCUGGUAAGCAUUAUUAGAAAAAAAGUUGAUGAGGGAAGCUUGGCAUACAUAGGAAGCAGUGCAGGCACAAAUGUUGCUACAAAGAGUAUUCAUACAACAAAUGACAUGCCAAUUAUUUAUCCACCAACAUUUGAUGCCAUUGGCAUUGUUCCAUUCAAUAUAAACCCACACUAUAUAGAUAAAGUUGAAAAUGAAAAGCACAAAGGUGAGACAAGAGACCAAAGAAUAAAUGAAUACAUGGAAAUGGAACAUGCUGCUCCUGUUCUGGGACUACGAGAAGGAGCUAUGUUACAAGUGGAUGGAGCAAGUUUAAUGUUGAAGGGUGUUGCUGGAGCAGUUUUAUUUAAAAAGGGAGGAUGCAAAGAACAGUUUCAAGCUGAAACAGAUGUGUCAUUUUUACUGAACUAAAAAUUAAGAUAUAAGGAAACCAAAUAUUAUUGUAAAAAAAUCGUUUUAUUAAAGAGAAAAAAAAACUAUGUAUACAUUUUGGAAAACAAUUAAAACUUAUAAAUGAUGAAUAACAAAACUUCAAAUAAAGUCUGUGUUUAUAAU